GGGAUCGUCGUCUGACGCCUGGGCUACAACCCGGUUAGUUAGGGUUACACUACAAUGGAUGGAUGUUCGUAUAACUUAAUUUCAGUGGCUUAAGGGGCGGUGGUGAGAGUCGUACAAAUCGUACAGACAAGCGACACAGCCCCCUCCUUCAAGUAUACACACACUUAAUGGAUAACCUGACCCCCCCCCCCGCCCCCCCUCUUCAACUUCUCAUCUACCUUACUUGUACACUCCUGCAGAUUCUAAACCCAAUCUAUCAAUCCAUGGAUACCCAAAACAAAGACAACAACGCGCCAUCGGCUCCCCCCGCCGUCGGCUGCACCCCUCUCGAGCGUCGACUUACGUUCUGGUGCUGCUUCGUCUAUACCGUACUGGUCAACAUACUACUCCGAGUUUUCCUCUGGCCGCAGUUCUCGAGCAGCUCCCACUCGGCCAUGCAAUUUAUGAUCUAUACUGUACGGGCGGUUGUCGCGGUGUCAGCAGAUUCCUUCCACAAGUCUCUGACGCGCGAAACGGCGAUGCAUCCACAUGUCUUGCUACAAGCCACUUUUAAUCUUCUGCCUGGUUUCCUUGUCGAUUAUGUGCUUGGAAGCUGCUACUGGGGUUGUAGGGGCUUUGUGUCUCAGGGGUGCUGUAAGUAUCGGUAAUGUCAGAGUGAAGGAGCACGAGCGGGCGUGCGGUCUGACACCUGAUCAGUCGAUGGAUUUAGAUGAAAGAGGGACGGGAAGAGAGAGAGGUACUGAAGGGGGAAAGGUGGAGAGUACGAGGUGGAAAGAAUACGACGUCGUUGACCAUGAAGAGGCCCGCCAUAUGCGCCCGCCUUUGACGUUGGCCGUGGUUGUGGCUCCGAGCGCUUCGCAUGCACAAUACAUCCGAUCAGUUUGUUCUAGAGAGAGAAUAGGUAGACCUCUGUUAAAUGUGCUGUCAAGUUUA